UAAAUUGGACUGGUCCGAUUCACUUGCACCACAGACCCCCGCAGCAGGACAGCGCAGGCCCGAGGAGAAGCCCGGAAGGCGGCAGGCAAGGGGACCAGGGUGGGGUUUGGAUCGGGGGGAACCCCCCUUUUUUCGGAUUUGGGAUGCGGCGGGACCCCGGGUUCGGAGGGAGCCCGCAUGAAUCCUCGCAAUCCGCAGGCUGUGAUGAUGGUGGUGAUGCGCCGAGAGCAGAGCAGCGGAUUCCUGCAGAGCCCGACACACUGCACCACAGCCCGCUGCAAGGAUAGACGCUCCUCUCUCUCCAGCCCUCGCCAGCACCGAACCGGAUUUCCAGCCCGAUGCUUCAGCCAAACAACCCGGUAACAGACUACCUUUCCAGCCCACCAUUCAUACCUCCACCUCGCCCGCGGGAUGCGACGGGGAUUUGCAGCGGAGACUUCCCAGCAGUGAGCCGAGUCUGCGCUUUUACGCCACCGGUUUUGAUGUACCUGCGCCGGCUGUUUUGAAGCAAGACGCGGGGAAAGAUGUUGGUGCGAUGUUACCGGGCCAAGCUGUCGGUGUGGGCCGCUCUGUGCGUCCUGGUGCUCUGCUGGUUUUACGUUUUCCCCGUCUACAGACUCCCAAGAGAUAAGGACAUAGUGGAAGAGGUGCUGAGGCAGGGGGAAGAGUGGCACAAGAACCAGACGGGCAUCGAUUUGUACAGGAAGUUGCUGACAGAAUGCUGCGACCCGAGGCGGAUGUUUGCAGUGACCAAGGCGAACUCGCCGCUGGGAAAGGUCCUGUGGUACGACGGCGAGUUCUACCACUCGCACACCGUCAACAACGAGACCUACUCGCUCUUUGUGCAGGACAACCCUCUUCAGCUGCCUCUGAAGAAGUGUGCGGUGGUGGGCAACGGUGGCAUCCUCAGGCACAGCAAGUGCGGACGGGACAUCGACCAAGCCGACUUCAUCAUGCGGUGUAACCUUCCACCGCUCUCGAAGGGAUAUGUGGAGGACGUAGGAACCAGAACACACCUGGUUACAGCCAACCCCAGCAUCAUAGAGAAAAGAUUUCAGAACCUUCUGUGGUCAAGAAAAGCUUUUGUGGACAGCAUGAAGGUCUACGGCUCCAGCUACAUGUACAUGCCAGCGUUCUCCAUGAAGCCCGGCACCGACCCUUCGCUGCGGGCGUAUUACGCGCUGGCGGACACCUCCUCCAACCUCACCAUGCUCUUCGCCAACCCCGAAUUCCUGCGCACAGUGGGCAAGUUCUGGAAAGCCCGCGGCGUGCACGCCAAACGGCUCUCCACGGGGCUCUUCCUGGUCAGCCUGGCCCUCGGGCUGUGCGAAGAGGUGACGGCCUACGGCUUCUGGCCGUUCUCCGUCGACCUGGACGAGCAGCCGGUCAGCCACCACUACUACGACAACAUCCUACCCUACAAAUGGUUCCACGCGAUGCCCGAGGAGUUUGUCCAGCUCUGGCACCUCCACAAAAGUGGCACGCUCCGCGUGAGGGUGGGACACUGCCCCCCUAAGGAAGGAAGGAGCUAAGUGAUAGGUAGUUUUUUUUUUGUUUUUUGUUUUUUUUAGCAGACUUUUGGGUUAUCAAGUGACACAAAGUUGUCAUGGUGAAAAAAAAAAAAUGAGCACGCAUAUUUCCUCCAAGGAUCCUUUGCACUGCAUCCCUGUCCUUACACACUCUUUCAGCCCCUUCGACACCCCCAGGUAAUCCCUAAUUAUCAUGAGAAUGUCCUCCACCCACACUAACAGCAUCAGGGACAGAAUACACACUGACAGGCAUGCACACACACACUCAUACAUUCCCAAAAUCUUGCCAUAUCUCUUCCCAUGUGUUUGAAAUUGUAUGUGUGCAUGGAUGUGCGCUUUUAGGGGAAGCAUCAGCUGGUGAACGCGGGAUGGAUGGGUGGGGGGAUUUUAUAUGCUGACUAAUGUAUGUGACUGACAUAUGGGGCAGCUGGACCAACCCCCCCCCCCGUCCUCCCCCUCCCCUCCUCUGGGUCUUUGUUAACCCUCGUAUUGUCUCCGUCUUUACUAUGCACCUUUUGUCCUCCCGGGUGAAAUUGACCCAACUGUUUAUAAAACAUGUACAAAAGCAUGCACAAGCAAGUGCAAAAUGAUCACCAAUUUUUUAGUUUCACCUUUUUAGUGAACUUGUUUCCAACACGUUUGUGGACACAUAUAUUUUACACUUAUUUUUGUAAUAUAUGGUAUAUUAGACCCCAUUUACAUAAAAUUAUACCUCAUUUUUGAGUUAAAAAAGCAGAUAUUUUGAAUUAUUUUCACUAUGGUUUCGAUCAGAGACACACAAGUUGAUGGUUUAGUCAGGAUAUUGUUUUGAAACCAUUUAAUUUUUUUUAAUGGCAGCAAAUAGUCACACCUGUUGUCCUCCUGGGUCAAUAUGACCCGGUCUCGUUGGACUGUUUAUAAAGCAUGAAGUACAAAAUGAUCACACAAUUCUGUGUUACACCUUUUAGUUAACUUGUUUCCAACACAUAACCACAGAUUUUACUUUUUUCUUUGAAAUUAUACCAACUUUUUGAGGAAAAAGCUCAGAAAUUAUGAAAUAUUUUGACUAUAGUUAGGAUCAACAUUUAUUUGAAAACUAUUUUCAACUUCUUUAGAAGAAAACAAUGAACAGAGAAACUUUGUGUGUGUGCGUGAGUGUGUGUGAGAGGCAGGUUACGAUGCUAUGCGCUUUGCAAAUAUGUGCGUCGCACCUCUCGGCACCUCUUCCCUUUGAGUGACGGGUGAGGAGGAGCAGCUGCAGGGGGUCGAUGCAUCCCGCUGGAUUCCCAUGACCAAGGUGUCAGAGGCUGGCGUGCGGGGAAGUGCCCGGCGCCUCCUUAUGAGACGUAUCACAAUGAUCCAAGUUCCUCGAGGAACAACCUCCUCCUGAUGCAGAGUGCUCAUGAGAAGCACAUUCUUUCUCUUUUCGGGGCAGUAGACCCCCAAAGACCCUCUGCCACCUCGAGAACCACACGCUGGCCCUGAUUUUUCUCCGGCUGUGCCCAUGUGCAGGUUUGCCUGUGCACAUCUGCAUAUUCCAGGCGUAGCUGGUCUGGGCGUCGCCUGCUCCCUAGAUUUUGAGGCCGUAUUUGCCUGGUUUAUUUGGCGUUUAUUGCUUGAAACCAACCUCUGAAUCGACCCCUGAAUGGUACUCGUCCACUGUCACGUCAGUGCCGGGGGUAAACAUGAGUGGCAGGAGACCCACCCGCUUAUCCCACACCUGUCGGAUGGCAGCCAGUUUGUCUCUGGCACAGGACGCUGGUCUGGUGCUGCGAUCAGCAAAACGAAUCACUCUGGAGAUGAUGUGGAAUGUCUUAAGUGGCAUGGUGGCACGAAAAAUUGCCCUCCCAGAGUGAGUGUGCCAUAAACUAGAUGUAGCCUCCUUACUGGAACGGUAGACACCAGCACGAGUGUCCAGAUAUCCCUGUAACUCUGUUUUAUCCUUGUUCUUCUAGUUGUCACCGUACACACGACGCCCCUCCUUGUCGGUCAUUUUACAGCACUAUGUUUUCCAAUUUCUUCCGGCAUAAACAACUCAAAUGUGGACUUUAUGCUAUUAGCACGAGAAACAGCAUACCUUGCUGGCACUCAGUGGGCCCUCUUCCCCACUGCACCCAACAUAUGCCGUCGGUCACUUGGAGGAAUUGAAGACCAGAGAACCUUUCCAGCAUCACUUGAUUCCUCCUCAUCAGUUGGAGCAAAAUCUUCAUCGCUUUCAGUGACGUUCUCUUCCUCCGACACGUCCUCCUCUCUUCUUCUGCAUCUUCUUCCUCAUCUCUCUCCUCCUCCACAGGGCUGGAAAUGAGGUCAAGAGCCUGUGAUACAGUGCAGGUCCUCUCCAUCAUGCCGUCUCUGGGUGAAAUGUGAAAUGCCCCGAGGAUGCUAUGUACUCUGUCUGUUUUGUUUAUUGUUAUCUUGUCCUCAAUUGGGUUAAGACAUAUUUUGUUUAGGCCCAGUGCUGUGAAGUGUGUUUGAGUGUGCUACUACUCUUCCUGUGUGCAUCCGUAACUGUAACAACAUAAAGUUACCUGUGCGUUUGUGUGUGCAUCAGCUGUAUUAACAGCAGAGACAACUGAUUAAUGAAUCGGUCUCAGCUGUGGCCCAGAGCUGCGGCUCAGGGGUUGCCGUGGCAACUCGCAGUGGUCGCCAAUGACGACGGAAGCGCGCGGAGCUGGGACACAGAAGAGAGCGAGACUUCCCCCCUUUUCGCUGGUCUCACAUUUGGGCUUACUGUGACAAAACUGUAGCUCCUAUCAGAAAAACAAACAGACCGUGGGCGUCAUAAGACCUUCCUGAAGACUUUGAUAUGUUUUUUGUCCUCCUAGAGUAAAUAUUUUGGACACACUCACGAGUUAAAGACAAAGGUCCCUUCUCCUUUUCUCAGAAAAUCUUUGCAUUGGAGUGAAUGGAGAGCAGGCAGGUACUUUAUCGCGAACAGACCCUCGCAGUUGAAAUUCUGUAUGUCUCACUGCUUUGCCGAGCACAUGGUGAGAGACACAAGAAGUUUGUCCACAACUGUGGAAAAAAUCAUGUGUCUAGUGUGUAAAUUGUGGCCGGGCCGGGUGUGGAAAGAGAAAAAUUUCAGACGAUUUCACACACGUCCUCUCACUCUAAGGACCAACAUUCCGCACUCUAAAACAAGUUUUUUCGAAAAAGAUCAUGGUCAUUGAACUGUGAUUGAUCAACAACGAUAAGACCCAUCAAAACGAGGAAAUAAUACACCAAUACACAAGGCUUGUGUCUACAUUUUCAAGUUGAAAUGAAGUCUUUAGGUGAAAGUAUGCCUGAGCAGUAGACCUUUGAAAAACUGUCUUUUUUCCGGCCGUCCCAUUAAUUUUCAAUGGGAAAUUUUUCGCAAAUUUUUUGCAAAAUUCGUAUUUCGGAAAGAAAAGUAAUACCACACCAAUCCCGAUCAAGCUGCACGUUGUGAUAUAUAACUGUGUGUGUGUGUGUGUGUGUGUGUGUGUGUGUGUGUGUGUGUGUUUUAGAGGUCAUUUUGUGUCUAUGUGUACGUUCCUCGUCCUGGAACGCACAAUAGCGUAACCCAUUACACCACUAAAUGUGGCUGGGUCAAAUUGAUCCGGGAAGACCAUAGGUGCUAUAAAUUUUAAUGAUACACACAUAAUUCAACAAAAAUAGGGACCAUCCAUGUAAUUUUGAGGCAAUUAUAUGUAAGAAAACCAAAGUUAUGACGUAUUAACUUUUGAAAUCGUGUCAAAUAGACCCGAAGACAACAGGAUGGUUUAAACAGACGGACGGAGCGGAGGACCGGGGGGAAUAAUAAAACGCACUGAAAGACCGGCAAAAUGCGAGGCACAAGGGAGAGAUAAUGGUGUCCUGGUACCUAGUGGCUUAAAUGGGAGCAAACCUUAAUGGAGAGAGAAAAAGGAAUAGCAGGGGGGCAGAAAGAGUAAAAGCCGGCUGCUGUGCGCAUGAAAGGAUUUUUCUCUGCUUUUCUUCGACCGAGCGCUUGAUUGGCAUUCUGUGGUGCCAAAUAGAGCUUUAGUUCAAAAGCAGGAGCCAUUAGAAAUGGAGUCUUAAGUCCUAUAUCCUAUAUCCCCUAGAAUGUUUAGCCAAGUUGCAUUUUCAACCCUUUACUGAAAAGGGAAAACGAGUACACCCUAGUGUCCACAUAUUAUUUUUCUUUGUCAAGUGUGUUUUUUUUUGUUGUUUUUUUUGUUUGUUUUUUUUUUCAGGAAUAAUGUGAAUUCUGCUUUUGAUUCAUAAUCAAGAAGUUGGACGCCGGUAUCAGCAUACAUAAUCAGAAAAGGACACACACAUAAUGUACCUCAUUUCCUUUGACUCUCAUCCUCGCUGAUGGGCUCUUUGGAGCAAUUCAAUUGUGAGCAGGCUCCUCAGAUAAAAGCAGCCUAACCCACUUCUUUCGAGGGGCUGCUGGAAGUCAUCUCUUGGUAACUGUACUGUACUUGUCAAGUGCCAAGCCAAGGGAACAGUGCUCUCUUUGAUAGGCGGUCUCGCGCUGCUCUUGUGCUUCGGAAUAAGGAGACACUGAUAUAAAGAGAGGUUGUGACGGAAAAAGACUGUGUCGCAAAAUGGCAUUUUACUUAUUUCUUUUUUUUUUUUUUUUUUUGUAGAUUUUGGAUGGUGAAUUAUGAUUUAUUCAUGUAAUUAUUGUUAUUUACAUCAGAGCACAGGAUUAACUGAGCCUCUGUCCUGUGCUUCUUCUUCUUCUUCUUCUUAAUUGUGUUUCCUUUUUUUGCCUCUUUGUUUGCACAAGGGAAUAAUGACACAGAGACGAAGACCACCAUGGGACCUUAUCUGUAAAACAAACAAACAAAAAAAAAAGUUAGUGGCGACAGAGGAAUAUUUUUUAUUUUUUGAUCCUGUUUUAAUUUUGCCGUUGGUCAGCUUCAAAGAAAGGAAAGCCUUGUAGACGGGAAACGUAGCCUUUAGCUUUGCGUGAAACCUUCCUAGUCCGCCAAGUGUCAAACGUCUGCGGCUGUGGGCAUCUUGUAGAAGUGUGUGCGACUGCUGGGUGUUACUUUUUUUUAACACUUAAAUAGUUGGGCGGGCUAAGCGAGCUAAGCGUUGUAUCAACACAUUGUAAGAUCCUCAAGGCCAGACCAGAUAUAUCUCCACCGAAUUAUGGGUCUUUAGUAGGAUCUAGUCUCAACUGGUUAUGCCUCAAGAGGAGGCACCCAGGAGACUUCCUUACCAUAUUCCCAAACUACCUCAACUGGCCUAUUUGGAUGUGAAGGAGCUCCCCUGGAUGUCCAAGCUCCUUGUCCCAUCUCUGAGCCCUAAGGCUGGCUCUCAGUGGAGCGUUUCAGCCUUGUGUGUCCAUGACGCCAUCCUGUCGGUCGCUACCGAAAGUCGGGCGGGCGAGGUUACCUAGAGAGAACAAUCAACUACAUUCUGCCUCGCGACAUCACGUUUCAGCCCGACGGUUGCAACAGGAUCAAAACAGAAGUGUUCGUUUCUCGUCACUGGCUGCCGUACGCGGGUUUUACCGAAACAAACUCCCGUGGUGGUCCUCCGGAAGCUGUGGGACGUUGCCUCAAUAUUUGCUCGCGUGGGAAAACCAAGACACCAGACAGGUUCAUUUGUACUCGCGGGCCUUUGCGGACGGAAAGCAAAUGUCAAUCGAGAGUGACAAAUGUGACCGUGCCAUACUGUCGUUUUCCGCGACGAACGAACGACCCUGCAUGGAAAGCGCACGGAGCGUAUCCCACUACCCUUAAAAAGUUCUCCUCAGCCUCCAGGUACAAAACCAUGUGUUAGUGCUUUUGCGUUCGCGCUGUCUGUUAAACUGAGCAAGGUCCAGUGCCUUUAAGAUGUGUUAAGGCAAAAAGAAUUGUUCAAACGAGGGAUAUUUCUUAUGCUGAUGGUCUGGGUUUGGCUGGCUCUGCUGAUGAGUUAGACAAUAUCCGCUAAUCCGCAGUAUAAUGAUAUUAAUGUGCAUACAGUUGGACCAAUAUAGUGAAGAGAAGAGAAAAAAAUAAAUAACUAAUGAUGUCCAGUCCAAAUGCACAUGUGGCUAUUUAAGACUGGGAGCUGAGCUGUACGAACACUUUGACCAAUUUGUUUUACUAUUAUUCUUUCUAUCGUGACGUUUCUUAUUUGCACCUUUUAUUGUUUCUGUCUGCAGCCCAGUAUUGUGUGUGAAUGAGACGUGGUGUAAAGUGAAUUUUCAGUAAGCAUGACGAUUUUUAGACGUGUAUGUGCUUUUGGUACACAGAUUUUUACCUAUUUUCAUUAUGUUCAGAACCAUUUCCCCCCAUUCCGUGUCGUCUGAACAAUCUGAGCGAGGAGCCACCGCGGCGCUGAGGUUUUCUUCUGGAAAGGGACUCGUGUAAAUAUCGAUCUGCAAGCGAAAUGACUAGUUAGUUUUAGAUUUCCAGUCGUCCUUUAAAAAAACAUUCGGUUCUCUUAUUGAUCUAGCGCAGAAGAACACACGAAAGCAAUAUCAUUACCAUAGACAACGAGGGCUGCCUGUCACUCAGAAUGUUUUUUCUUUGUUUUUUUUUUUUUUUUAACCUUGAACACACUAACACUUGUGUUUUUCACAAACUCAUUUUGGGAAAUACACUUUCGACCUCUUUUUUUUUUUUUUUUUUUAACACUUUCACACUUUUAACAACCGAGUGUCAGACGUCCUAGAGCCGGGCCAGCGGUUUGGCUGACUUGAUGCUAGGCUACGCUAACAGGCUGAGUGACAUUCAUCUAAAAAAAUACAAAAAAAAGCAAGAAUGGGUAUUUCCCAAAAUGUCAAAUGAUUCCUGUAAAGCUGCCAGCGUCACCGAGAGGUUUGUGAGGCAAGAAAGUGGGAAAAGGACAGAUCAAAAUAGAGCGUGGCACGCGGACAACGGCAGCAUUGUCGUUCACGUCUCAGGCCAUUAAUUUAAGCUACAGUGUGUGUGGUUGCGGGAUGAUUGAGACUGGUUGUAGUCUGGUCACGGAAAAAAAGGCCACAUGCUUGAGCCGCCGUGGCAGCCGUAUGACCAGCUGCAGUGUCCUUAAAACAAGACACUCUUCUAUGUCAUGAUAAUGUGAAACUUGCCACUUCUGCAUCGAUCAAACUAUCAGUUGUGUAAACCUCGUCCUGCCCCUUGAUGAUGAUGUCAUCGGGCUGUAUCCUCUUGGUUGCAGGAACAAACGAAAAGGUCGUUCAUUCUCACGCCAUAGUGCCCGUUUUGGCAUCGCAGAGUCUCAAAUGUAGUUGCUCAAAGCCGUGUUUUUUUCUGCUGUGAGAUUACAAGAAAUGGCAUGACAAGCUUAAUAUAUAGAGGGUCAAAUUGUGCAAAAAUGUGGAUUUAUUUUAAUCUGAUUGAGCUUCUUUAAAGUAAAAUUAAACAAAAACAAUCAUAUUAACGCCAUAAAUUCUGCCAAACGCGCGCAUAUAUAUAAAUUAUCAUGUAAAUACAGCUGGACCCAUGUUUGAUUAAGUCCAGACGGCUCAAAUUUCCCACAUUUUUAAAUAUUUGUUGUUCUACCAAUCUGUUUCUUUAAAAAAAAAGAAAGAAAAAAACAUGUAUAUGUGCUUUAUUUGCCUCAACUGUCUGUAUUUGAUACGAAAAGAUGCGAUUUUCACCUCGUCCACAUCACCCGAUGUGAGCAACCCUGCCUGUUAAAAAUGUUGAAAAUAAAUCGCAACGACUGUAAAAGAAUGGACUAAACCAGCUGUAUGUGCCAAGUGGAUUAAACUGUGAAGGAAGAAUAAGAAGGAAAAAAAAAAAAACACGAGAAAACAACCAUGUCCAUAAACAAAGUGAACCCUGGAAACCAAUAAAACAAAGGAAAUGAAAUAUCUUCAA